CGACCGCACUUGAGUCGGGAUGAUGAUGGCCGGCGGGAUAUCCGACGCGAAGCCCUUCUCGGAGGAGGUCCAGCAGCUCUCGAAGCUGUCAAGAGUGAGUUGGAGGAGAAACUGGGGAAGAAGCUAGACAGGUUCCAGCUGGUGUCCUACAAGACGCAGGUGGUCGCAGGAACCAAUUACUUCGCCAAGAUGGACAUCGGAGGCGAGGAACUAGUGCACAUGCGCGUGUACAGGAAUCUGCAGGGGGAGGUGUCGCUGCACUCACACCAGCACCCGAAAACCCGCGAGGAGGACAUUGAGUACUUCUGAGUCCCGGAGGAUCUCUCGGCGCUUGACCUCUUCGCUGAGGUCAUCGGGUCACCGGCGCCGACGAGGGGGAAGGAGGUGGUUGCGUUGUGCUGGCUGCUCGGCCAUUGAAAGCAGUAUCGUUGUUCCUCUGUUUGUGUUUGUACUUUUUAGCUUUCAACAUUCUAUGGAAUGCCAGUAAUAAAAUAAAAUGUGAUGUUUGUUAUACAAUAAGUACAAAGUUUUAUAAUGUACUGGAAAUUAUACUUAUUAAGCUUAGUGAUAGAUGCUUUAUAAAGUGACGAUGUAUUGCAACGCUCACUGUAAGAACACUCAAUAAAACACUUAUGAGAAGCCUGAA